AAUAUCCAUCGCCACCUCAACAACAACGGGAGAGACGAUCCUCCUGUCGGAUGGCGUUCUCGCGAAUCGCACGAUGUGUGGCAACUUUGACGAAUCUCGUGUUUCUUUCCAUUUCUAUAUCACUGCUUUUUAUCACUCUACUGUCUGUAUUCAAUCCACCAAAAGCUACAGUUUCACCGCAAAGGGUCAAUGAAUAUCCACAGUUCGUAGUAACACUUCUUCUGAUCGGUUGCUAUGCCACAUUCCUGUUUGUUCUCUCUCUAUUGGGACUCAUCUCAUUAUGUUUUCUCAAUUCAAUUCUUCUGUUUGUGUUCAUCCUGGGUCAAACGGCAAUGAUGUUCUUGCUUGGAAUCUCGUUUGCAUUCACGCUGACAGUAAGAAAACGUCUACAUCUUAAAUUGGAAGACAUUUGGAGGAAUAAACCAAACUGUUUGGAAGGUCAACCAUGUGUUCCACUGGAAACUUUUAGAAGUUCUGAGAAUUUGCUCAUUUGUCUUUUAGUGAUAUUUCUCGUGGUACAGGUAAUCCAAUACAUUGCAAGUUGGUACCUCUGUGAGCGGCGGUCCAGUCAAGAAAAGUAUAAGCUUCAAUUACGAAAAGCCGAUGAAGAUGAUGAGUAGCUUUCCCCAAACAUUUUUAGUUUUAAAGAAAUUCCUGUAAAUUGUAAAAAAUAAUCUAUGUUCAAUUGUACAUCUUGUUAUAGUUGUUUUGUGCCAAUCUGCCAUCACUUUUGACCGGUCCCACCAACACAUCCCAGUUCGCAACCAACUUCCACCGAUUUCUCCUUGUUCAUCCGGGCUUACUUCACUUUCUAUCUAUUUACCCAAGAAUAUGAUUCUAUAAAUCUCUCCCCAAAGCUACUUUCCAUUCAUAAUAAUACGAGAUGUUUAGUUCAUAAUAUUACCCAAUAUUUUCCGAGCAUUUUUUUGAUGAAAUCCAUUUUUGUGCCUUGACUAGGUUUUUAUACGAAUUUUUGAGACCAAUUUUACGUGUCAGAUUUUGUGCAACGGUUUUCUAUAAAGUUUCCAUUGAUU